CCCCAGCGGGGUAGGCAGACAGGCAUGGGCUUCGGCAGCAUGAGGCGAGGGGCGAGGGGCCUGAGGGGCAGAGACAGGCCAGUCGCCCCGCAGUGCCUGCAGACCCAGUGCUUCGACCCGCUGGUUCGCAAAUGCGUGGCCUGCAGCCUCCUCCGGACGACAGAGCCUAGACCAGCCUCGCCUCCCUCCGACCCUCCCCCUCCCCGCUCGCCUCUCCCCUCUGCCCCGUGCUCUGCCUGCCCGUCCUCUCCAGCAGGUGGCCCGAGCAGUCUGGCGCCCGGGACGGCGCUGCAGCCGCAGGAGUCGGUGGGCCCGGGGGCCACGGCCGAGGCCGAGGCCGCGCUGCCGCUCCCGGCGCUGCUCUUCGGCGCCCCCGCGCUGCUGGGCCUGGCGCUGGCCCUGGUCCUGCUGGGCCUGGUGAGCUGGAGGCGCCGACGACGGCGGCCCGGCGCGGCGGCUGCCCCAGAGGCCCUGGAGGCCCCGGAGGCCCCGGACGGAGACCAGGAUGAGCCCCUGGACAGUGACAACGUCCUCUCCCCGGGAACCCUGGAUGCCACAGCUCCCAUCUGGCUUCCGCCCAGUGAAGACCCAGCUACCACCCCACCUGCCCACAGCGUACCUGUGCCAGCCACAGAGCUGGGUUCCACUGAGCUGGUGACCACUAAGACGGCCGGUCCCGAGCAACCGUAGCGACGGAGGGGGCAGGAGGUGGUCCCUGCCCUCCCUGCGGGCCAACAGCCAGGGGCUUAGAGAUUGAAUUCGGUUCUUCACCCCAGCUCUCACCCAUCCCUUUUCUGGGAACCAUGCUGCUCCCCGGCUAACCCUGCAGAACCACAGGCACCGCAGACCACAGGGUUCAGACUGCAUGGCAUCGUAUGGCAUGUUAGCAUUUGGCUUAAAAUCAUACCAUCUAUGGCAGCCCUCAAAGGUCGUGGCUGAGCUCUGUGCUUUCGAGUGGUUGGGGUACUCUGAGUAGGAGGUUUUUUUAAGCAUGGGGAAGCCACCAGAAACCAGAAUGAAUCUAGGAAAAUGAUCGAGUGGGAGGAUGCUUAAUUUGUAGCUGGGUGUUGUAUUUUUUUAAUACUUGCUCUCAGAGCUGUCCUGCUUUUAAACUGAUACAAAUGGAAGCAAUGGGUAACCAACUGACCUGUUUUCUUUGGGAUUUAGUACAAGAUGAUUUUAAGAAAAAGCCUGAA